UUUACAUCCUCACACUUGGAUGCAUGUGGUCGCAAACUGGUCGCCGAUGUUCUCUCUCUAAAUCUUACCCUUUCUAGAGAGAGAGAAACACACACACACACUCUCUGUGAAUAAUAUGGAUCUCUUCCACCACCGAUCUUCAUUUUAUCAUUAAUUCAUUUCAAUCGGCAUGGAUCUGACCAACUGGUGCAUUUGGGAAUAAAACUUCGGUGUUCAACAUGUGGGGUUUUGCUUCAAACUCUAUUCCUGGUACUUCUGCACUAAAACGCAUUCCACACGACUGCUCAGAUGACGAGAUCUCAGAAACCAAUAGUGGAGAUGAAGGUUUCGAUUGCCCGAUUUGCUGGGAAUCCUUUAAUAUCGUAGAAAAUGUGCCUUAUGUGUUAUGGUGUGGUCACACCCUCUGUAAGAACUGUGUUCUCGGGCUCCAAUGGGCCGUUGUCAAACUACCAACUCUUCCAAUUCAGCUCCCGUUUUUCAUAUCAUGCCCGUGGUGCAACCUGUUAUCGUUCCGGCUUGUUUACAAAGGGAAUUUAAAAUUCCCUAAAAAGAAUUACUUUCUUCUUUGGAUGGUUGAGAGUAUGAAUGGUGAUCGAGUCAAGUCCCAUUCGUCAUCCUGUGGAGAUCAUCUACCUGUGUCUUCGUGGUCAUGGAACUGUGGUUGGACCGCCAAUCAGACCACCCGAGCUAACACCACAAUUGGCCCGUGCAACCGUGAGCCUGAUCAUAAUCAAGAUUCUCGCACCGAAAGACUGCACUCGUCUCUUCGUAAGUCACUGAUCUUUUUCGUUCACUUAACGGCUAAGUUCCCCUUGGUGUUCAUGUUUCUUCUUAUUGUGCUAUAUGCCAUACCCGCAAGCGCAAUCAUCUUAGCCGUGUACAUUCUCAUUACAAUUCUGUUUGCGGUUCCGUCUUUUCUUGUUUUGUAUUUUGCAUACCCGAGUCUUGAUUGGCUGGUUAGGGAGAUCAUGGCUGGUUAGGGUGACCAUCAAUUAGGGUUUUAAUUGGGUUCACCCUUUUGCUUCUUAAAUAUGAAUUUGUCGAAGAAACGUUUGUUUAAGAAUAUUUGAGUCUGUAAUUGAACGUUAAGAUGACAAGUUAGUUAUCUUCUUUUGGUGGGUAUUUGGUUUUUUAUGUAAUUAUGUUUUUGUGCAUGUUUUUUUUGCUCA